AUGGAAAUCUACCGCCUAACCGUUGUAAAUGAUGCCAAUGGUAGCAUCACUGAAAAGAGCAUCUACAAAGACGCAGUCGCCUCUUCCCCUUCUUCCAAAGGCAGUCCUCUCUUCUCCUCAUGGCUGCCCCUUAUCCACAAUAGCCUCACCUCUCUCCUACGCUGGACGGGGACUUACCCGGCCGAGGUACAGGAGUCCCACCUCGCUUUCGUGCGUGACGUCGUGGUCCCCCGCCUCAAACCGCCUGCCGCGGCCGACAGGCUGUACUACAUCGGGACGCACAGCCAUGGCAUCUACGAAGCAAGCCUCGCCUUUGCGACUCACAAACCAGCCAGGGUGCGUUUCACGGUGCAGCCGCUAGUAGAUCCCAGCCCUGCACAGGGUGGUGAUCUUUUGGGCCAGAAGGCAUUGCGCAACACACUAGAGGGCAUGGCGUCUGCAUGUGGUGCGGACCGCGCGUGGCUGGAUGCCUUUCUUGAUUCCGUCUUCCUCACUGCCGAAGAGGAGCUAACCUUGGUUGGCAAGAGGGGGAUGGACGCCGCCAAUGGAGAUGCUGGUGCUGCUGGUGGGCCGCUGCGGCAGAACGGUUUUGUCGCAUUCGAUCUCGAGGCCGAUAUGGACGAGAACGAGAAAGCGGUCACCGUCAUGAAGACGUAUCUGUUCCCGCAACUCAAGGCCAUCGCAACAGGCCAGAAGACAGUGAAUACGACAGAUUCAAUCGUGAAGCGGCUUGCUGGGGGGGACAAGGAUAUGCUGGCUGCCUGGGAACUGGUUAAAACGUUUCUUAUCACUGACGGCGGGGAAAAGAUCAACUUAGAUUUCCUCGCAAUCGACUGCCUGGCACCCUGCAAGGAGCCUCGCUUCAAGGUAUACGUCUCCACACGCUUCAAGUCGCUUGCCGCGGUCCGUGAAGCCUUCACCCUGGGUGGCCUUCUUCCCAGUUCCUCAGCCGACUUUCUGUCACAAGUUUGGCCCCAGCUCUUGGAUAUGGAAGACAUUCCACAGGCUGAGAUGGAAGACCUGGAAAAGCCGCUCAACAAUCCCGAUAGUCAUCACCAAGGGGUUGGAUUUGCUUUCUCAGUGGUGCCAGGCCAGGCAGUUCCUCAAAUCAAGAUGUACGUGCCUAUGUGGCAGUUCGCACGUGACGAGGCCAGGAUCGUGGAGUGCUACCGGCGUGUACUCCAGACGCAGGGGACGAUGGGGGAUUACGACAUUAACGCUGCUAUCCAGGGCGCCUUGUGA